AUGGGCGCUUGCGGUUCAAGGACCGGCGGCGACGGCGGCGCCACCUCCGAUCGGCCAUACAACAGCACCGAAAAGGGCCCCCGGGGCAUCCUCGGCAAGGGCUUCCACGACGUGACAAUCGACUACAACCUCGGCGUCGAGCUUGGCAAGGGCACCUUUGGGGUGGUGCGGAAGGCGACGUGCGCGAAGACGGAUGAGUCGUUCGCUUGCAAAAGUAUCGCCAAGCGUCGGCUGCGCACCAAAGCGGAGCGCGAGAUGAUCAAGCGCGAGGUGGAGAUUCAGCACCAUUUGGGCGGCCACUCAGGCAUCGUGAACAUCGUCGAGGCGGUCGAGGAUCGCAAGCACGAGUGCAGCGGCGGCGAGCUCUUCGACCGCAUCCUCUCUAAGGGAAUCUACUCCGAGGCUGACGCGGCGGCCACCAUCCGCGACAUCGUCGAGGUCGCCAUUCGGAUGAUGGCGGCCAGCAUGGCGCCGGAGGAGGUCGCCGGCUUGCGCGAGCUCUUCAGCGCGGCGGACGUCAAUGACGACGGCACCAUCUCCGUCCUCGAGUUGCGAGACAUCAUGCAGAAGCCCGGCUACGCUGGGAUCGGCGAGGAGAGCUCAAUCCUCGCAAGCGUGGAGAAGCUCAACGCGCUCCUCAACGAGGCCGACGUCGACGGCAGCGGCAACCUGGACUUGGAGGAGUUCAUCGCCGCGACGGUGCACACGAGCAAGUUGUACAAGGAGGAGAAGCUGCGCGACACCUUUGACAAGUUCGACGUCGACGGCUCUGGCUUCCUCUCGCGCGAGGAGAUCAAGGCAGCCCUGAACGAGAGGGGGCUCAACGAGGCCGGGCUGCAGGGGAUCUUCGAGGAGGUGGACACCAACAACGACGGCAAGGUCGACUACGACGAAUUCUGCUCCCUCAUGCGCGCCGGCGACCCUGUUUGCUCGGGUACGGGCAUGCGCUCGAGCAUCCGAUUCUCUUUCACCUCGGAUUAAAUCGAGUUCCUGAUCGGGCGCCGACGCGUCCUCCCUGGCGCUGAAACAAAGCUCUGCGGACCGGGGGCGCUGUCGCGACGUGUCACGGUCAUGUGCAUGGGAAAUAUGUGUGACAGUUUUCACCCGACAUCCUCACAUGUGCGCGUUUUUUGUUUUUGUGCAUUGUGAUUUUUGUGUGAUUCUGAUUACAUAUG